CACGAGGGAGAGGGGAGCCAAAAAAAUGGAGCGAAUCCGCAAAAGAAAGCAUUCCUCCGUCAAACCACCGAAAUCCACCACAAUCGCCGCCGUGGGGCCGCCAUUUCUGGACUACCUUCGUCCCACCGCCGAAGAGUGCCUCUCCGUGCGCGACGAUCUCCUUUCCCACCACGGAUUCCCCCAGGAAUUCCUCAAAUACCGCAACCGAAGAAUGCGUGCAAAGCCCUACCAAAACACGCAGCAAUUACCGGAGGAGGAUGGAGAAGAAAUCGAGACUGUCCUGGACGGUCUGGUGAGGACCGUACUGUCACAGAACACUACUGAGCUCAAUUCUGAGAGGGCUUUUGCUUCGCUCAAAAAGGCUUUCCCUACUUGGGAAAAUGUUCUUGCAGCUGAUUCCAAGUGCAUCGAGGAUGUUAUAAGGUGCGGUGGCUUGGCGCCAACCAAAUCUUCUUGUAUAAAGAAUUUGUUGAGCUGGUUGCUCGAGAAAAAGGGGAAGCUGUGCAUGGAGUAUUUAAGAGAGUUGUCGAUUGAGGAAGUGAAGGCAGAGCUCUCCCUUCUGAAAGGAAUUGGACCUAAAACGGUUGCCUGUGUGUUAUUGUUCAAUCUGCAACUUGAUGAUUUUCCGGUGGACACACACGUUUUUCAGAUAGCCAAGACCAUUGGCUGGGUGCCACCCAUUGCGGACAUUAAAAAGACAUACGUCCAUCUCAAUCAUCGGAUUCCAGCCGAUUUAAAAUUCGACCUGAACUGCCUUCUCUACGCCCACGGUAAGGUUUGUAGGAGAUGCGCUUAUAGGAAAGUUGAUAGAAAAAGUAAGGAGGAAACCGACGGGAAUGGCAGCUGCCCUUUGUUAGCUUAUUCAGGAUGUUCUACGGUAACAUAACUUGAAAUUUAAUAUGAAGGGAUUCAACUGUUUGUCGAUCUUUUAAUACGUAUUUUCUAAAAUUACGCUGUCUUCUUCUUCGAUCGGUUGUGUUUGCUUCGAGUUUUCGAUGUUCUUAAUAACUA